AUGUCUGAAGCAUGCUGCACGUGCGCUACGCUCCUUACGUCGAUACCACCUACAUACGACGAGAAGACGGAGAAGCCCUCGCAGUUUGAGCGUAGACUUGACUGCUGCGGCCGCGCUAUAUGCGCUCGAUGUUUAACAGACAACCCUAGAUUCCAAAACUACUGUCCAUUCUGCCAGAUAGCAACAGGACCAUCGGCAUUGCCUCCGCAGGGUCUACGCGAUCCUCCUACAUAUUCGCCACCAGACGAGCACCUGGCGGACGACGAGUUACCACCCUACUCAGCACAUAAUUCAUUGCAAGCGCCACCCGAGAAGUCCAAGGCAAACGGUGAGGAUGCGCCGGAUGUGCUGCAUUUUGUAGACCAGAAUAACGACUCGGUACGCUCUUUAUCUCUUCGAUACGGUGUUCCAGCCGACGCCCUCCGCCGAACAAACAACCUGUUUGCCGACCACUUGCUAGCCGCGCGCAGAACAAUUCUUAUACCCGGCGAGUAUUACAAGGGCGGGGUCAGUCUUAGUCCGCGGCCGCUCGAGGGCGAGGAGGAAGAAAUUAAGAAGACGAAAUUGAGAAAGUUUAUGGUUAAGUGUAAGGUGGCGGAAUAUGAUGUUGCCCUUCUCUAUCUCGAACAAGCAAAUUACAACCUUGAGCAAGCGAUAACUGCGUUCAAGGCCGACGAGGAGUGGGAGAAGGGACAUUCUUUAGAGGCAGCCAAGAAGGGCAAGUCCAAGGCUUCUCAAAGUCUGGGUCGUAAGAAAUGGGGGUUCGGAGGCCUUACUGGCCAAGCUUCGUAG